ACACCAAAUUGACCAUCAUCUUCCAAUUUUAAAACCUCAUGCUAUCUUAACUCCAACACACUACAUGCAGUGGUAUCCAGGUCUUUAUUUAUUCUACUUUGUAUUUGGAGCUAAACAACACCUUUUUCCUAUACCCUCGUAAGGACAUUUCAAUCAUGGUUUUGGUUGGAAGCCAUGGUGAGAAAGAUGGGUUAAAUGAUGAUGCGGUGCUUGAUUACCGGGGGAACCCGGUGGACAAGUCUAAAACCGGUGGAUGGCUUGCUGCAGGGCUCAUCUUAGGAUGUGAACUCUCAGAGAGGAUAUGUGUGAUGGGCAUAUCCAUGAACUUAGUGCCAUACUUGGUGGGAGAUUUGCAUAUUUCAGCAGCAAAAUCUGCAACCAUGGUGACCAACUUCAUGGGAACUCUCAACCUGCUUGGUCUCCUUGGAGGUUUCUUAGCUGAUGCCAAGCUUAGUCGAUACGUAACAGUUGCAAUCUCUGCAGCAAUAACUUCACUGGGAGUGAUUUUACUAACAGUCGCUACAACAAUUCCAAGCAUGAGACCUCCUCCCUGCGAUGAAUAUAGAAGACAGCAUCAUGAGUGCAUCGAGGCAAACGGCCGGCAACUGGCUUUGCUGUAUGUGGCACUAUACACAAUAGCACUUGGUUGUGGAGGAAUAAAGUCUAAUGUCUCUAGUUUCGGAUCUGAUCAGUUCGACGUGACGGAUCCGAAGGAGGAGAAUGCUAUGAUUUUCUUCAUAAGUAGGUUCUACUUUGGCAUCAGCAUUGGAUCUUUAUUUGGCGUGAUUGUGCUGGUAUAUAUACAAGACAAUAUAGGAAGAGGGUUGGGAUAUGGAAUUUCAGCAGCAACAAUGGUGAUUGCACUAGCAGUUUUGCUUUGUGGAACACCCUGGUACAGGUUUAAAAGGCCUCAGGGAAGCCCUUUAACUAUCUUAUGGAGGGUUCUGUUUUUGGCACUGAAGAAGAGGAAUCAGUCUUAUCCUUCUCACCCCAGCCGUUUGAAUGAUUAUGAAAACAGAAGGGUUCCCUACACAAAAAGAUUCAAGUGCCUUGACAAAGCUGCAGUCUUGGAUGACGAUUGUGCUGCCAACACCAACAAAAAUAAACCAUGCGUAGUAUCAACCGUGACCCAAGUUGAGGAGGUGAAAAUGGUUCUAAAGCUACUCCCCAUUUGGUCCACAUGCAUCCUCUUCUGGACAAUCUACUCCCAAAUGACUACUUUUACAAUCCAUCAAGCCACCGCCAUGCACCGAACAGUAGGUUCCUUCGUGAUCCCUGCAGGUUCUUUCUCUGCCUUUCUGGUUAUCACCAUCCUCCUCUUCACUUCCCUAAAUGAGAAAGUGUUUGUUCCCUUGGCUCGAAAACUUACCCAUAAUGUCCAAGGAAUCACAUGCCUCCAAAGGAUAGGGAUAGGACUCAUUUUGUCUAUAGCUGCCAUGGUGGGUGCUGCUAUUGUUGAGAAAGAAAGGAGGGAAAGGGCUAUUCAGAAAGAAAUCAAACUAAGUGCCUUUUGGCUAUUCAUUCAAUUCUUCCUCGUAGGUUGCGGGGAAGCUUUUGCUUAUGUUGGACAACUUGAGUUCUUUAUUAGAGAGGCACCAGAUCGAAUGAAAUCCAUGAGCACAGGGCUUUUCCUGAGCACCAUUUCAAUGGGGUUCUUUGUGAGCAGUUUAUUAGUGUAUAUUGUGGACCAUGCGACCAAAAAGAGCUGGCUAAGGACCAAUCUGAAUAAAGGGAAGUUAAAUAACUUUUACUGGUUACUUGCAGCACUGGGAUUUAUAAAUUUAUUGGUUUUUCUUAUCCUUGCGUCAAGACAUGAGUACAGGACGCAUCUGCCAAUUAAACCCGAGUCAAGAGAGGAGGAGCUUAAGAGCUUGAACAAUGAAAUGAUAGAAGACGUGGAGAAGAAGGCAAGCAUCCAAUCGUUGGAAAAUAUAGAGCCAUAGAAUUGUUUAGAAGAUUGCAUUAAAUGUUCCAUCAUGCUUGUGUCAUGGACAAUUGUAUGGUGGCAUUCAAUUAUUCUUUCUUCUGAGGUUGUCCAAUUACGGGGAUUUUAUUUCUAUUUCUUGUUAAUUACUCCAACUCCAGAUGUUGGACGUGAUUUCCAUUUCUUUUCAUAUAAUUAUUGGAGAUGCAUUCUGACCCCCAUAGAAGUAAGCUAUCGAUGUAUAUUAAAGAUAGAGAAAUUUACAAUGUAUACCACGAUGAUGUGAGUAAAAAAUAAAAUUAUAUAAUAAAUUAAUAAAGAAAAUUUUGAUUGAA